AGGUGUCACACACAAGUGAGGGGUCAGCUUCAGUGGGAGGCAGCUGCUAGUGUGAAAAUGGAGAUGAUGUAUGCUGGGCUUUUAUUAUUGCUCUUUUGUUCUGCCUACAGUUAUCAGUUUGCAAGUGGACGUGGGUAUGGCUUAUCUAUGCAAGAUCCUGAUUUAGAGUGGGAGAGACUUGAGACAGCGAGUGGUGAAGGAGCGAUGCGAGCUUCUGCACCUCAGCCCAAAUUCUGGAGGAGUACCCCAAGUGGUGAAUCUCAGACACCUGAAGCAAAGCAGGUUCCUGAGUAUGUGAUUGUCACAGCAUCCCAGGUCCAGAAAGAGCUUUUCAAGCCAGAAAAGUCUGCUAGACCCCUUCCUAACUCAGUCAGGGAGAUGUUACUUGGGGCUACUAUUGCACCUAAAGCAACCGGAAGCACAACAUCUAGGAAAGCAUUGGUUGAAAUUUUGUGCCAUAUUGACAGAAUGUAUGUAAGAGUCAGGAAAGAGGUCUUUAGGACUAGAGAUGCAUACAAAUAUUUGAAACUAGGGACCUGCCCUGUUAACCAGGGUACCAAGGAACAUUACUACCUUUUGUAUCUUCUGAAAAAUGACUGUGGGUUCAAGAAAGAGAGCAAUGUAGAUAGUCUGUCAGUUCGCAAUGUGCUCCACUACAAGCCUGUUGGUCCAGUUUUAAGGGAAAAGCCAUUUGACAUUCCUCUGCAGUGUAAAUUUCCCAGGUUUUUUCACUCCUUUAAAGUUGGUUUCUAUCCUAAACUACAAGGAGGCACAGUUUUCAAAGCACUUCAACCAAAAAGUAGUUUUACCAUUACUCCUCAGGAUGCAUUGGGCAAUGAAAUAACAGGUACCAAAACCUACAUCUUGGGCCAGCCAAUGUACUUUGAGGCCAAGCCACCUGACAGUACUGCAACAUCUGGAGAUAAGAGGAUUUAUAUCAACAAGUGCUUCAUGACACCCUACCAAGACCCCAACUCAAAUCCUAAAUAUAUAGUCAUUGACAACCGAGGUUGUAUGAUUGAUGGCAAGGUAUCUGACCAGUCAAAGUUUCUCACUGGUACCUCAAAGAUGGUCCAGAAAUUCAGUGUGGGCAGCUUGAUUUUCAAGGAUGUGGUUUCCACUUCAUCUUCACAGCAACUCUAUAUGCACUGUGAGAUCUCUAUGGGGAGUCUUGCACCAACUCAGAGUUCAAAGACUUGCAAUUAUGAUCCAGCUACCAAAAAGUGGAAGGAGCUGUACGGUGAUGACUCUGUGUGCACAUGCUGUGAAUCCACCUGCUCCUCAGCACAGCCUAAAGCUUCUAGGAAUAUGAUCUCCAGCCACUCUUGGCAGGUUGACUUGAGCAAAAAGGAUGGAUAUGUGGAGGUUGACCCACAGAUGAAAUCCCUUGACGACUCAUUCAGUUUGGAGGACCCCGACAUGGCUGAGCAUAGAGAUUUUCUAAACUACUGGGAGGAUGAUUACUAAAAUCCAUGUGGAAGUGCUCAGGAAUUUUAAAUAGUCAUUGUUCUUGUGCUUAAUGUUUCUACUGCAAAUAUGCCAUUACUUAAUGUUUAGACCUGAGCUCAUCUAUUACAAAUAAAUUUAACUCUUCAAAGCA